CGUGAAUAGGAUCGAGAGGGCCUAUAUGGUCCUCGGCGGCUACAGUGGCGACAACUCCUUGCUAACUCUUUGGGAAGCCCUUCCGUUCGUCACUGUCAUCAGUGGACAGAAUUCUGCAAAAUCAUCGAUUUUGGGAUUGUCACAUGUUGGCGAUUGGUUCUGCAGCUGCACAAGACAGACAAAGGACAGACAGAGCAUGUUGAGUUUCUUCACUCGCCAAAGAGGAGAUUUUCAGGAAACUUCGAAGAACAUAUUGGAAAUUGGGUAUCCAAGAGAUGACACUGGAUAUGAAAAUUCACCUCAAUAAGAGUAUAUUGACCUCCCCCAGUACAGGGCUAUGGACCGCGAAGACGAUCAGCCCAACAGUGCCAUCCAUGUUUAACAAGCUAAUGCAUGAAGUGGCUUGAUGAGAGGUUUACCAGUUCGGUCUUCUCCAUUUCAUUCGACAGUGUAGCCAAUCUGGGAGUGGACCACGUGAAGGAUUUUUAUUUAUUUUUAUGUAUUCAAGACCAUUUUCAACGUAUUGUUGUAAAUAUUAUAUAUUUUAUUGUAAAGUAAUACAAUUUUGUUUAAUAUUCA